AUGAGUGAGGCUGAGUUAUACACUGAGUAUAAAGGCAUUUAUCUUCCAAAACACCUGCAUCCACCAGAAAGCUUGAAGUUCCUGGAGGAAUUUACUUUUCGUCAUGACGACAUUAUUGUUGUGACCUAUCCAAAGUCUGGUACAACAUGGAUGCAGGAGAUUGUUCCCCUCAUCCAGAGUGAGGGGGACAUGGCUUCUGUGCUCACCAUUCCCAACUGGGACCGUAUGCCCUGGCUGGAAGAGUAUCGUGCCAUGCUGCUGAACCUGGACCAGAGACCCUCCCCUCGCUUGUUUGCCAGCCACUUCCACUACUCCAUGAUGCCUGAGUCCUUCUUCAGGGUCAAGCCAAAGGUCAUUUAUGUGAUGAGAAACCCAAAGGAUGUUUUCACUUCAUCGUUCCACUUUUGUGGGAUGGCAUCAUUCCUGGUGAAGCCAGGGACAGUAGAUGAGUUCUUAGAAAAAUUCCUCAGUGGAAAAGUGAUGUUGGGGUCAUGGUUUGAUCAUGUUAAGGGAUGGCUAAAUGCAGAAGAGCAAGGCCGCGUGAUGUACAUUUCCUAUGAGGAAAUGAUACUUGAUCUUAAUGAUUCCGUGUCAAGGAUUGCCCGUUUCAUGGGGAAAUCUUUGAGUGAGGAGGUGACCAAGAAGAUUGCAGAUCGCUGCACUUUCAAGAGCAUGAAACAAAACAAGAUGUCAAACUACUCACUGGUGCCACAGGAGGUCUUCGACCAGAAAAAAUCAGAGUUUCUUAGGAAAGGAAUCGCUGGUGACUGGAAGAAUCUGUUCACAGAGACACAGAUGGAAACAUUUGAUGCUGUUUACAAAGAGAAAAUGAAGGAGGUCAAGUUCAGAUUUAUCUGGGACUGA